AUGGCGGCCGUGGACCCGAUGCCUCCAGCACGCAGCGCCGUCCAGCAACCCGCACCUCAAGUUCUCGACAAGCCAAAGACGAGCGGGAACAGCUCUGGAGCUGGCGUAGUGCAGCCAAAGCCACAAGUCAUCCAGCAAAAGAACCUUGGCUCUACGAUCUUGGUCUCGCCUCGCCAACGCGGCAACCCCGUCUUGACCUCCAUCCGAUCGAUACCGUGGGAGUACAGCGACAUACCGGCCGAUUAUGUCCUAGGAUUGACGACCUGUGCGCUCUUCCUGAGUCUCAAAUACCACCGCCUCCAUCCCGAAUACAUCUACACGCGCAUCCGCAAUCUUCAGGGCAAAUACAAUCUCCGCAUUCUCCUUACGCUCGUUGAUAUUCCAAACCACGAGGAUUCUCUACGCGAACUUUCGAAAACUUCAGUAGUCAACAACGUGACCGUUAUGCUAUGCUGGUCUGCAGCCGAAGCCGCGCGCUACCUCGAGCUCUACAAGUCCUAUGAGAACGCCAACUUUGCAGCCAUUCGUGGACAGCAGUCCUCUAACUAUGCCGACAAACUGGUUGACUUUGUUACGGUGCCGCGGAGUCUGAAUAAAUCAGACGCGGUAGCUCUGGUCGCUAAUUUUGGCAGCCUGAAGAAUGCUAUCAAUGCUGAGCCAGAGCAGCUGAGCAUGAUCAAUGGAUGGGGUGGCACCAAAGUCAAGAGAUGGACGGACGCAGUCGAAGAGCCAUUUCGAGCAAGGAAAGCAGCAAAGCGAGGUUUGCGGCCGUCGUCAGCACCCCCUCGACAGUUUCAGUUUCUGGACGAAGAUGGCGAUUCCGACGAGGCAGAAGUUGAAGAAGCGUUUGAAGCUCUGGUCCGCGAGGAGAAGACAACUUCUCAACCGGCACAACAACCUAGAGAAGAGCAGCGGCCCAACAAAGAGAGUAGCCAGCUUAGUGAAGGCGUAGCGGCAGCACUGGCAAAAUUGCGACAGGGUGGGUGA